GUGUAGUUCAAACGCAGUUCAUUGUGUUCAACCGUUCAAUCAAGUCAACCAUGUUCUUUACUCUGUCAGUGAUAUUAAUUGCAUUGUUUAUAAUAUACUAUUGGUUAAAAAAUAAAAACUCUGACUACUGGAAGAAACGAAAUGUUGUUUACGUCGAAAAAAAGAAUCCCUUCGGUAUUUUAUGGGAAUUUCUGACGGGCAAUCGAUCUCUUGCUGAAGUGUACAAAGAUAUCUACGAUACUUAUCCGGGCGAACCAUAUGUGGGUGUAUUCAUAGGUUCCAAACCAGCACUUCUGAUUCGUGACCCAGAAAACAUUCAAGCUAUAUUCACAAGUGAUUUUCAAAGCUUUCACAGCAGAGGCAUAAUCACUAACCCAAAUGAUGUGUUGGCCGAUAAUAUUCUGUUUAUGGAUGACAUUAGAAGAUGGAAACUUGUGAGACAAAAGCUAUCGCCCAUUUUUACAAGUUCAAGGUUGAAGAACAUGUUCUAUAUCAUGGAGCACUGUGCAAAGGACUUUGCUAUAUUUAUAAAAGAAAAUGAAGAAUUACAAAAACAGCCAUUCAAUUUACUUUAUACUUAUACGACAGCCUCCAUUGGCGCAUCCGUAUUUGGCAUUGAUACUAAAACAAAAAACUCAAUGAAUUCACCUUUUCAUGACAUGGCUUGGAAAUCAGUGACUCCAUCUUUUAAAGCAAACCUUAGAUUUUUCGUAGGAAAUACAUUUCCAUCUUUAUUUAAAAUGUUAAAACUAAAAAUAUUCGGUGACCAUGAAGACUUUUUUGUACAUGUUGUAAAAGAUGUUCUCCAGAUGAGGCAGACUGAAACAAAUAAACGACAUGAUUUCAUCGAUAUUUGUUUGGAUUUACAAAAGAAUGGCAUAAUGAAGGAUACUACUACAAACUACGAGUUGGAAUUAACAGAUGAACUGAUUGCUGCUCAAGCAUUUUUCUUCUUUAUAGCUGGAGCUGACACAUCUGCCAACACGAUGCAUUAUACACUACUAGAGCUCUCUAAUAAUUCAAAUGUUUUAAACCAAGUGCUUAAAGAAAUUGACGACGUUUUUGAUAGCUGUGAUAAUAAACUUACCUACGAUCAUAUAGAAAAGAUGACAUACUUGGAUAAAGUACUCAAUGAAGCCUUAAGAAAAUACCCGCCAAUAGGGUUAAUACAAAGAAAAUGUACUAAGGACACAGUUUUGCCGACUGGGCUUACAGUAUCGAAAAACAUGAUAACAAUUACACCGGUUUUUGCUAUCCAUAGAGAUGAAAAGUAUUAUCCAAAUCCAGAAUUGUAUAAUCCAGAAAGAUUCAGUCAUGAAAAUGCAGAAAAUCUAAUCAAGUACACAUACUUGCCUUUUGGAGAGGGAAAUCGUAUUUGUAUUGGUGCAAGAUAUGCUCGCCUUCAAGUAAAAGCUGGCUUAGCCUGGUUUUUGAGAUGUUUUACCUUAGAAGCUCAGACCCUAACGCCAAAAACUUUUGAACCUAGCUUCUUUAGUUUGAGAGCUACUGAUUGUAAUUACAAAUUAAUUCCACGGUCUCACAGUAACUUAUUGUUUAAGUGAAAAUAUAAUUCUCUUGUAUGUAAUCUAUUGCAGUUGAGUUAAAAAUAUUAUGUGAAAAAAUACUUAAAUAUUAUAGAAAUAGUUUGAUACUUAGCAUAAAUAUUAAGCCUACUUACCUAAGUAUAGGUAAUUUAAAAAAAGGUGGAAUUAAAAAAAACUGUAAUAUUUCAAUCUCAAUUUAUUUAGAAACAAUAAUAUUAGGCUACAUGUAGCGUCUCAAAAAUUGUAUUGUCAUAAAUAAAAAAUGCAUAGGUACAUUAUUUUUUAAAUUGCCAUCGGUGUCCACAGCUCUAAUCUUAAUUUUAUUUUAGUGAAUUCAAAUUAGAUAAUAAAUCGAUGUAGGUACAAAUUAUUACUUGCUCAAUAAAUUUAAUUUUAUGUUAUAAAACUUUUUUACUUUUGGUUAUUUUGGUAACUUUUACAUUUCUUUGUGACUUUUGUUUGGUACCUUGAGCUUUUAAAAUGUCUCUAUUUAUUUUGACAUCUGAUUCUGUAACUGAAUCUAUGAACCCAACUUUCUUAUGUUCUUGCCGACUAUGUAUUUUUUCAGUCGUCGUUAUAUAUUUCAGCAUAGAUAAAAGUUUAUUUGAAUAAUAAUCGCUUUUUGGUUUGUGCAUAUUUUUUGUAGUUUUGUCAAAUAAAUGAAAAACAUUUUUAGAACACAUAAACCUUUUUGGUAUUUUAACAAGAUCAAAUGAUUGAUUUUGUAGUUUGUUAGCAUCGAAGCUCAAUUUUUGUCUUUUUAUGUAUUUGUUGUAUUUCAAUCUUUUCUUUCCGGUCACAAAUAAUGAAUUGAGGAGCUUUCCAACGGCGAUUUUUUCAUAUUUACCUUUUUUACUGUCUUUAGUGUUAUAAAUAGCAGACCGCUUUAGAAUAACGUCAUUGUUAUAAUAAUAUGUAUUAGCUUUACUGUUUGCAAGAUUUAAACUAAACAGUGUGUCUAAUGGUCCUUGAGUUGGCAAAUCGGCAGAAAAAUGAGAUUGUUGUAAAAUAUGGCUGUGAUUUUUAUGUUUA